CACGACCAAACAUCCGUUGCCAUCUUUUGCUUCCUCACACCUCAUGACUGUGGCUUACACAAGAGGUCUUAAGUUUUUGCAGUAUAUUCUAGCCUUACUCAUAGUGUUCGUAACAAGACAUAUUCACCCCUAUCAAAUAAUACUUAUCACGAACAAUCGGCCGACAUGGGAUCCAUAAAGCUACCAUUACUUAUGCUAGGUCUCUGCUCGCCAUCAUGGCAACAUUCAUACUUCUACGUCGGGUGCUUCAGCGAUUCGAUCGGCCUCGCUGACAUGGGUCCUUUUAUCUAUCAAUCUACCGGGAAUUGCCAAAUAAGGUGCAAUAGAAUGGAUCAAUGGGUCGCGGGGCUUACUAACGGAACUAAUUGCCUUUGCGGAAAUCACAUCCCUCCGAGGGAAUUCAGAGUGGGCGAGGCAGAGUGCGACACACCAUGCGCGGGUUACGCACUUUCCAAUUGCGGCGGUCGUGGUCCAAUAUCAAUCUGGGCCCAGGAACCUGCAAUGGAAGAGGCGAAGCCACAGCUUGCGCAGGUACCGUCGUUGUCCGGGUCCGCAACGCAUCAAAUGGUCAGUCAGUAAUAGCCUCUGGGUAUGUGAUGGAGACUGCGCUCUUCUUGAAAGGAUAAUACUAUAAAGUGCGUAGUAAGAUGAAGCCUUCAUAUAGAAGGAAAUGGCUCUUGCUAUUGUUGUCCGAGCACUUCAACCUUAUGGAAAAGUGUCCGUGCAACCGCAUACCAACCAUUCCCUGGGGAAAAUCAGCGGCAGGCUGGAAUCACGAAAGCCACUCAAAGAUACGAUGGAACAGAAUGAAACUGGCGUUCUCGAUGAUGCUGUUGCACAUACUGGCUCUGUGGUGCAGGAUUAUACUGUACCUUCGUUUAUUCGUAGUUUUAGCUUGUAAUUACGUCCUAAGGUUAGGGGAGCCUGUGCCUUGAAAUCAUGCAUCCUCUCAAAUGAAUUAACCAUGCAAUCAAAUAACCAUAAUUAGUUUA